AGUGCGAAUGCUGGUUAUGGCAGCGGCGGAGUCGCGAUUGACAACAAGAUUGAACAAGCCAUGGACCUGGUGAAGUCUCACUUGAUGUUUGCAGUCCGUGAGGAAGUGGAGGUGCUCAAGGAUACCAUCAGUGAGUUGAAGGAGCGCAUUUCCGACCUGGAGCACGAAAAUGGGAUCCUCAGGGCCCAUGCGAACCCAGAUACCCUGGCCCUGGUCCAGUCUGCCAAAGCCGCCUUUGUCCGGGCCCCAGCAGCAGCAUCUUCCAGCACCACUGCAUCCACAUCAGUCACACAAUCAACUUCUACCAUUAUUACAAAGACAGUGGGACAAGAAGAAACACAGGGAAAAGAAGGAGAUGCUGAUGUUGAUGGAGAAGAUGACUUGCCAAUGUCUCUGAUGGUUCCCAGCAGGGAAUAACUGGAAUGAAUGACAGCCACCUCUUUUUUUUUUUAAAUGUAUCUUCCUCUGUUUUUUUUUUUUUUGUGCCUGAUGAUGAUGAUGGAGGUCACCCUAUGACCCACCUGACCUAAGCUCUUGGAUUCACAGGCCUAGUUUUUUUCCUGAUAAUAAGGUAUAUGUGUGUGACUGUGGGCUGAAAAAAGAGAAAAAAAAGCUUAGAGUUUAUCUUGACAAAACAACAGUUUAAAGUAGGAGAAAACCAUUCAAACUUUCAUUUCCUCAAUUUGAAAGUAUAAUAGUUUUUAUGAGGAUUACAAUAUUAUUUUUAUUCUAGCCUGAGGUAGAUUUCAGGGUGUCCAGAAAGUUACAGUGCAGUUCAGAGAAGCUUCUAAUUCAUGUGAAGAAUUUUUUCGGUUUUGUCCACUGUUCUAAGGAAACUUUUUGUGUGAGGGUAGAUGUCACUGGCACUCCAAGUAGCAUUUCCAGUUUCCCUGUAAGUCAUGCACAAGUUGGAACUUGUUUGAGGGAUCUUCCUGUGUGUGCUUGAGGGCUAAUUGGGUUUAAAACACUGUGAUAAUCAGAGGAGAAGCACGUUUUUACCUUCUUGGCUU